UUGAGGAAACAUUUUCUUCGUCGUUGGCCAGAUCAAAGAUAUUCAUGAUGAAGGUUCCCGACGACCUCGUGGGUGUGGCGUUCUCCAAGGUUGUCGACUCUCCACUUCAAACCUGCGCUGUUUCCCUCGCUGUUGCCUCUCUUGGUUAUCUGAGUGCAAAGAAGCUAUUCUCCAAGGGUCGUAGUACACUCUCUUAUCCACCUGGCUCGCAAUUGAUUACGCAUUUUGGUUCUUUUUUGUACUACGAAUAUAACUUGGACAUUGUAUGCCAACUCACGAUAAUGAUGAGCUCCGUAGUGCCGACGGAGGCCGAUCCACCAGUCGAACAAAGCAAACAAGUUGGCUUCCUUCAAUUGUGGCCGGGAAUAGACUAA